AUGAAGUUCUCCCAUAGCCUGCAGUUCAAUGCAGUGCCAGACUGGAGCAACCAUUACAUUGCAUACAGCAACCUCAAGAAGCAAAUAUACAGCCUUGAGACACAGCUCAACCAGAAGCAAGCGCACACCGACGCCGAAUCCUCACCACUGCUCAACGGAGAUGCCGACGAUCCAGACAAGGUCUUUACAAACACGCUCGACACCGAACUAGAGCGCGUCACGUCUUUCUACAAGCUCAAGGAGAAUGAAAUCUUCGAGGAGAUGGAAGCCCUGCUCAAGGACGAGGAGUCGUUUGAGUACCACCAGGAAGAAUACAAUGAGGAGAAUGAGAACGCGCCGCCAGGCAAGAAGAUGCGCAGUGGAAGUGUUUUCAAGGCGAUUGGCUUCAAUCGGCCGCGGGCCAUGAGCGGUGCAAGUGGACGGUCAACAGAUCAUGGCGCAGAUGGUGAAGACGACGAUUCCGAGGACGAGGAAGUCGACGAAACUGCACGUCUGCGUAAGAAGAGUCCAGACGGUCAACGGCGACGAAGACGGACGAUUGACGAAGAUACGGCUGCCUCGCAUACCUCCCCAAGACGGAAGCCGAGCGUCGCGUUCGAAGACUACAACGACAUGGCUUUUUCCGCGCUAUACGAAGAAGGCGUGUCAUUGAAGAAGCGCCUUGUCAGCGUAUACGUUCUGCUGUGCGAGCUGCGCUCCUUCAUUCAGUUGAACAAAACGGGGUUUGAAAAAGUGCUGAAAAAGUACGACAAGAUCAUGGACCGCAAACUGAAGAAGACCUACCUGAACAAAUACGUAUACCCGGCAUAUCCCUUUCAACAAAGCACCAUGGACGAGCUGACGCGAAGCCUCGAGCGCAUGGAAGCUGCGUAUGCGCAAAUCAGCACCAAGGGCAACAUUGUCGAGGCGAAGCGCGAGCUGAGACUACAUCUACGAGAGCACGUCGUGUGGGAAAGAAAUACUGUCUGGCGAGAGAUGAUUGGAAUCGAACGGAAAGCGCAAGCGGCCAAUAUCGGUAUCAGCCAUACAUUGCUCGGUCGCGAUACAACGGAUGGCAAGAUCCGGCGGCAGGGAGACGAGGUGGAAUCAGACAUGAAAGAGGUGGAUACACCGAUUGGAAGAUAUCGGUGCCCGCAAUGGCUCGUCAGCAGGACCUUUUGGAUUCUGCUCGCUUGCAUAGCAGUCUUCGUUGUGCUACUCGUGGUGCCCAUCAUGGAAGCGCCCGAGCAGCAGAACUGUCUGGCCAUGGUAAUAUUUGUCAGUUUACUUUGGGCUACUGAGGCCAUACCUCUCUUCGUCACAUCGCUCUUGGUACCUUUUCUCGCAGUAACAUUGAAUGUCGUCCGAAGCGAUGUAGAGCCUCACAAACGACUGGAGUCCAAGGCAGCAGCUUCUUACGUCUUUUCCGCCAUGUGGACGCCAGUCAUCAUGCUGCUACUGGGUGGUUUCACGAUUGCGGCUGCGCUAUCAAAGUACAACAUCGCAAAGAUGAUGGCUACUCUCGUCCUCAGCAAGGCUGGAACGAAACCAAGAACCGUUCUUUUGGUCAACAUGUUCGUCGCCAUGUUUGCUAGUAUGUGGAUUAGCAACGUCGCCGCACCUGUGCUAUGCUUCUCCAUCAUCCAGCCCAUCCUCCGCAACCUCCCUGCCGAUUCCGACAUGACCAAAGCCCUCCUCAUGGGCAUCGCCCUCUCAUCCAACAUAGGCGGCGCCGCCUCCCCCAUCGCCUCCCCCCAAAACCUCAUCGCGCUGCAAAACAUGCAUCCUGAACCCUCCUGGGGCGUAUGGUUCUUCGUCGCCCUCCCCGUAUGCAUCAUCUCGAUUCUGCUCAUCUGGGUCUUCCUGCUCGCCACCUUCCAGCCCGGUCGCGGACCCAGCAUCGUUCCCAUUCGGCCCUUGAAAGACAAGUUCACGGGCGUGCAAUGGUUCAUCAGCGCCGUCACUGUCGCUACGAUUGUGCUUUGGUGUGUCAGUCAUCAGUUGGAGGCGACGUUUGGCGACAUGGGCGUUGUGGCUAUUAUCCCUAUUGUCCUAUUCUUCGGCACGGGUAUCCUGACAAAGGAAGAUUUCAAUAACUUCCUUUGGACGAUUAUUAUACUAGCUGCUGGCGGGUUGUCACUCGGUAAGGCUGUUAAUUCCUCGGGACUGUUGCAUACGAUUGCGAUUUCUAUUACCGCUGGGGUGGAGGGCAUGAGUUUGUAUGGCGUGUUGGUUGUGUUUUGUGCACUGAUUCUGGUCGUCGCGACGUUUAUUAGUCAUACUGUUGCUGCGCUUAUUGUGCUUCCGCUUGUUCAGCAGGUUGGGCAGCAGAUGCCGGAACCGCAUCCGAAUUUACUUGUUAUGGGCGCGGUGCUUAUGGCCAGUGGGGCCAUGGGAUUGCCAACGUCUGGUUUCCCUAACAUGACGGCUAUCAUGAUGGAAGAUCAGCGGACUGGACAGAGGUAUCUUGCUGUUAAACACUUUUUGACAAGAGGUGUGCCGGCUAGUAUCAUGACGUUUGGGGUUAUUAUCACGGUUGGGUAUGGGUUGAUGCUUGCGGUCGGGUUCUAG